GUUCCUAUUUCGCCGCGCGCAAAGGGAGGCGCCGCCCGGCCGCAGCGCGCGCGCGCCAGAUUGCAGUGGCGUGUUCACUAACGUAGAAGUAGAUCCGAUUGACCUUGGUAGGGAUUCUUCUGCAGAGAAGCAUAUAGGCCUGGAGUGGAAAGACGGACCCUAACUGGGAACCGCAGCGUAAGGCUUUCAGGAAACAGCAAAAGAACUUCAAAUGGAGCCCAGCACAAACUGUCCAGGUGCCACCCAGUCUUUCUGGGACUCUGAAUUGGGGCUGUUGCGCGUGAUAAUCAAGGAGGAAGAUGACAGCGCAGAGGCCAGCCUAUCAGAAGAUUGGACAGGGAGAUCCGCCACGGCAGAUGGGUUCUUUCCCGAAAGCUUCGCUUCAGAGCUUCAGCUGAAACGUUCACCAGAAAGUUCGCAAGGCAAUGUUUUCCCUCCAGUGGAAGUGGGCAACAUCCGCAAAACCAUUAAGGAGGAACCCACAGAGGUGUCUGUAACGAGACUUGAGCCUCCCAGUACAGAAGGGGCAUGUGGGAAUCGGUGUUCCCUGUGUGGGAAGAGCUUCAGUUGCAAGUCUGACCUUACCAGACACCAGAGAACUCACACGGGCGAGAAGCCAUUCCGAUGCUUUGAGUGUGGCAAAAGCUUCAGCCGAGGAGAUUAUCUGAUUUUGCAUCAAAAACUUCACCGGGGGGAGAAGCCGUACAAGUGCUCCGAGUGCGGGAAGGGCUUCUACCGAAGCACCCGUCUGAUUUCCCAUAAAAGGGUCCACCUCGCGGAGAAACUGUACAAGUGCUUCAGUUGCGGCAAGAGCUUCGGGGACCAGGACAAGCUCGCCCAACACAAGCAGGCCAAGCACACCAACGAGAGGCCGCACACGUGUGCCGAGUGCGGAAAGAGCUUCCGGCGGAGCACGCACCUUACGAGGCACCAGAAAAUUCAUGCCCGCAAAGCCCGGUAUCGGUGCCUGCAGUGUGAGAAGACCUUCACUUGCCGCAAGCACCUCCUUUCUCACGAAAGAAUUCACACGGGAGAGAAGCCAUUUAAAUGCCCGGACUGUGGAAAGAGGUUCAGCUUCAGUGGGAAUCUCGCCUCCCACCUGAGAAUGCACACAGGGGAGAAGCCAUACUUAUGCCUAGAGUGCGGGAAGAGUUUCAGCCGCAGCGCGCACCUCACUUUGCAUCAGAGGACCCACACCGGGGAGAAGCCGUACACCUGCCUGGAGUGCGGGAGAGCGUUCAGCCAGAGCAGCAACCUCACUUCGCAUCAGCGCAUCCACACGGGGGAGAAGCCAUAUGAGUGUCCUGUGUGCGGGAAGCAGUUCUCACGGGGCGACUCUCUGGUCUCUCAUCAGAGAAUCCACGCUGCGGAAAUCCUCUGACGGAUCCGGGGUUUAAAGAGCUUUUGGCACGGCGGGGGUCUUUGCGGUGGGCGUCGGUUGUGAGGGAAAAAAGGGAAAAAGAAGAAGGGAAAGCUGGCUCUUGCUUCGUGUCAAAUAAUAGGUGUGCUUCAGAAACCUCUUCAUUGUUGCACACACGGAGAAACAAAAUGAGACGAUGGUCAAAGAAUAGUGUAUUAUAUUUCAUAGAGGUACAUAAGAAGCUAAGCAGGGCCCUGCAGGAUUGCAACCCCGGCCCAUCUAGUCCGGCAGUCUGUUCUCCCAUUCAUUAGAUGAUUUAACUCUGUAGUAGAGCAUCCUGAGUGGGAGCACUCUACCAUGCUGCCACAUGGUAUCUAUCAACCUGCUAUCUGUUGAAAGAAUUCAAAAUGUUAUCAUGAGCACCUAAGCAGCACCCUGCUGGGUCAGACCCCCGGCCCAUCUAGUCCGGCAGUCUGUUCUCCCAGGGGCCCACCACCCACCCAUGGAAGCCCACCGGUCUCCCAGCAGAGGGCCUUCACAGGCAGCCUCACUGCCAUCAAGGCUAAGAGCCACGGAUCCGCAAUGGCUAGGUGGGAGACUCUUAUGCCCCAAAUCUCUUCGAACCCAGAGAUUCCGUUGUGUGCGUAUCCUUUUUUUUGGUGGGUAAUUCAAAACCUUUUGUUGGCUGUAAGAGGGGGCAAGCUGUAUUUUUUGUCUCUUCCUACAAGGUUAUAGGUCAUAUAUUUAUGGCAAAGGAUGAGACUGAGUCACUGGCCCAGAAGCUGCUUUGCAGCCCCUGGGGAUUAAAAAGCAAACUGACGCCCCAAUGUUAUGAAGUCUAAAGUUGGAGCAAUGCAUGUUAAAAGGCUUUAACUGGCUAGGAGUUGCUUUGUUCUUACGGGGCGUUCCCUGGGUGAAAUUUUGAAAAGUCUUUCUAAUGUCCUUGAAGGAAGAUUCCAGACAUGGUUGCUGGAUUCUUGCUGAGAGUGAUGGAUGCCUUGAACCUGGUUUGAAACAGACUGAAUCAGUAUCUUUGUUGAUUACCUAUAUAUCCCCGUCUUCCCAAGGAGACCAAAGCAGGAUAUACAUUUUCCCCCAUUCUGUUUUUUUAAAUCCCCCACAACAUGCCUAUCAGGUCAGGCCAGACAUGGAGAGAAAGUGACUGGCUGAAAGUAAUUUGGGAAGUUUCUGUUGGUAAAGGGUUGUGGGCAUCCAUGCUUUCCUGGUCCGACAGCAUCUAAUCUCCAUGUCAACCCAACCUUCGUUUGGGGUCCUUUUACCCUCCUGGACAGAAAUGAAUUUUAGUCCAAACCAUAGAGUUGAAAGGGAACUCAGAGGUCAUCUAGUUUGACCCCCUUGCUCAGCUCAAGCUCUGUUGGAACAUCUCUGACAAAUGACCAUCCAGCCGCUAAAGACCUCCAGUGAAGGAGAGCUCACCAUUUCGUGGAGCAGCCUGUUCCACUGCUUGACAGGAAGCGGAGGCUGUGACACUGCAAACCCAACUUCGAAGGGAAUGCCUCCUUUCCCCUAGAGGAGAAUGCCUCUUCUAAUAUGGCAUCACCAUUUGGUGCGUUCUAAUUUCUAACUAAUAUUUCAGUCUGCUUUCUAGCUUCCAAGAGUCAGCAAACCUAUUCCAUUCAUCGCUUCCUUCCCUGUCUUUCAUUUCCUCUCUUCCCUAGAACUCAGAGCAGCAAACAUGGUUCUCUUCUUACACCAAUAAUUGUGCAAGGAAGAUCAAGGCGGGAGGGAGGAAGCAGCUGUGAGCUUCACGCGUUAAGAAUUUGACCUGGGAUUUUCCCCAAACCACCGGUGCUCUACCCAUCAUGCACUCAAAUUUGUUCAGAUUAGUGUUUAAGUUUCACAGAACUGCUGUGUUCCCCCAAGAAUUUGAAGGUGUUCUGAGAGUGGAUCCAGAGUUCCAAGAAAAGGGAUUUGGAGGGUUGGUUUUGGAUCAGUUUCAGUUUCAUUAGUGGAAGAAAUAUCCUUGCCACGAGUGAUGGAGGCAGACCUGAAAGACCAGACUGGGGACAGAUCAUCAUGUAGAAAAUCUACGUGGUCGCCAACAGUCACCAGCAACUUGAUGGCACGUCAAUCAACUUCUUGGCUCCAAAGUCUCUCUCUACAUGAUUUCACAUCCAUCCCAAGAAUGCUGGGUGCAUUUAGCAAUCUGCCUUUAUAACGCAGGGUUAAUCCAGUGUUAUUCCACUACCAGGCAGGGGCUAGACUAGAUGAUCUCCAAGAUCCCUUUUGUUCUAUGAAACUAUUAUCCCAGUUCUUCCUCCAUGCCACUAAGACAAAACGAAGUUUAGGGGACUUUCCUGGUUAUUAUAGAUUAUAUAAUAAUUAUAUUGCAUUGUAUUCUCUUAAUCUAUCCUGAUGGAAGAGUUCUAUGGUAUUAAGCACUUAGUUUGUAACAUUUCUCUUGACCUUAACAGCUUUUCUCUAAACCGUGUAACUCUGAGUUAUUAAAUAAAACUGAGUCAAAACA